AUUGGACAGCAGGCCGCAAAGCCACUCCCCCCACCCCCAAUUGCUGACACCCCACCCCGAAGCCACGCCCACUGGCGGCCUUGGCUCCACCCCCAGGCCCUGGAGCGGCGCUAUGCCGAGGAGUGCCAGCAGGGGGCACCGUCGCGCCGCAGCCGCUUUGAAUAUGCGUGGGGGCUGCUGCGCAGCAGAUACAACAGCGACGUGCAGAAGGGAGUGGCCAUGUUCCGAGAGCUGAUGGCCGACGGAGCCCCAGAGGAACAACGCGACUGCGUUUACUACCUGGCAGUGGGCAACUACCGCCUCAAGGAAUACGAGCAGGCGCUGCGGUUCGUCAGGGCGCUGCUGCAGGCGGAGCCGAGCAACACGCAGGGAUUGCGACUGCAGCAGCUCAUCAGGGCCCGCAUGCACCGCGGUGAGCCCCAUAGAUCGCCCCAUAGCGCCCCAUAGCACCCCAUAGUG